UUAUGUCAUCGAGGUUUUCCACUACAUCUACCCGAAAACGUCGUCGUAGAAAUCCUCUUGCGGUUGCCGGUCAAGUCUUUGGUACGAUUCAAGUGUGUAAGUAAAUGUUGGCACUCCCUAAUCUCGGAUCACCAAAUCGCCAAAUCACAGUUCCGGCGAGCGUCCGAGUGCUCACAAAGACUUCUCAUAUCAGCCGGUUCUGAAAUUCGAUGCCUAGACUGUGAGGCGCCAUUUGAGCACAGUACCACUCCAAGUAUACUCGCCGUCCCUUUCCAGAAACGGGGUCGUUAUGUUAGCCUCAUUGGGUCUUGCAGUGGUCUUGUUUGUGUGUCUCUAUAUAGCCAUAGGGAUUUCUAUAUUAGGAAUCCUUCAGCGGGAAAUUACAGGAAACUGCCUGAUGCUGGUAUUUCACUCCGUGGGCGCAAGUACAGGCAUGGCUUUGGAUAUGAUCCAUCCACUGAUGACUACAAGCUUCUCGUUGCCAAUUUCCGGAUGCCUCCUCCUCGGGAAAUUGAAGCCAAGGUUCUCUCUUUCAAAUGACAUUCAUGGAAGAGGAUUCUUCGAGGCCUCGACGAUCCAGGACAGGCGGACGAUUCAGCUGGGAUCCUUUGC